GGCAGCGGUGCACAGGCGCAGCGUCCGUGCAGCGCGCAACGCAGGCGGCUGCGGCGGCACCAGCAGCAGCAACAAUAACAACACUCAGCUCACAGUUCCCUGUCUUCUCACAUACACACCACGUCUGGGAGGGAUACUUAUCGACUUCCUCCCCGGCUUUUGAACCGGUCCGCCUCUCCAGCCCCGCCAUGUCGUCUGCUGUCACCGAGACGGAGGAGUCGGCGCGCAGCUCCCCGCUGACGCCGCUGAAGCUGGUCGGGCUGGUGUGCGUCUUCCUGGCGCUCUGUCUGGAUGUGGGCGCCGUGAUGAGCCCGGCGUGGGUGACUGCCGACGACCAGUACUACCUGUCCCUGUGGGAGUCCUGCUGGAAGCCGGCGAGCACCGAGAACUGGCAGUGCAACAGCACGCUAGGAUCAGACUGGCAGGUUGCUACGCUGGCCCUGUUGCUAGGGGGUGGAGCCCUGGUGCUGAUGUCGUUCCUGGUCGCUCUAGUUGCUGUGUGCAUCGGUACGAGGCGGCGAUUCUACGCACCCGUCGCCUUCAUGCUCUUCGCUGCAGUUGUCCUCCAGGCCUGCAGCUUGGUCCUGUACCCCAUCAAGUUUAUUGAGAGCAUCAACCUGAGGAUCUACCACGAGUUCAACUGGGGCUACGGUCUGGCCUGGGGGGGAACCAUCUUCUCCUUUGGUGGGGGAAUCCUCUACUGCCUCAACCCCAAGAACUACGAGGAGUAUUACUAGCUCUAAUUCAAGCCGAGAACUGUACAGCCACAUGCUGGGAGAGGUAUUCAGGGAGUGAAGAGGGGAUUUGGGGAUAUUUUCCUUUAACGGCUCAAUUCCCAAGAACUGUAAGGAAUACUAUAAACCGUAAUUAAGCCAAUAACUGUAUCACCACAAGCUUCUGCCCCAGGGGAAAUCAGGGGGCGAAGCUGGCAUUCGGGGGAUUUCUUUUCUUGCCUUAGUCAACAGAAAUGUCAGCGCUGAUGCUGGUGGGUAUGUGAAUUUACAGCUCUACUGUCGCCAGGUCGGCCCUAGGGAGGGGUCAGGGGUGGGAAGGGGUCUUACUAGAUUAUUCCUAGGCCUUGUGACACACCUGGGAGAACUGACAGCCUUGUAGUAACACAGGAUGGAGGUUUACGGUGAUGAUGCCGCCUCCGUUCUUGCUUCCCUAUAAACUAAACUGACUAACUAAAAAGAACUACUCUUAUCAUGUCACUCGUAACAACCCAACCUAUUGACUCUGUUACUUAGGAAACAGGAUGUCAGACUGGAAGGCUUUUACCGCAUGUUUACGCAUGCUUGCACAUGCAAAGGCACGUGUAUCUUCACUUGUAAACAUCAAAUCCUCAGCUGGACAUCCUCCAAAUCUCCUUCUCCAUCAGUGCAUCAUCGUCAGCGCUUAGUUAGGAGUUGUUGCAUUUUGUUUUUCAGAGUCCUCUUGAGCCCUUAAACUUUCACAAGGACAUGGAAGAGGAUCAGACGCUACAGUUGCGCUUCAUAACUUUUCAUAAGACAGAUAGAUUUCUCUUGGGGGUAGGAAAGAAGGGGGCAUAAAAUAAAGACACCCGCUCAAUAUUCUGUUAUCGAACCACAUAUCUGUGGCCACGGCUACCACAGGGUGUGCACAUGCAGCUGUCAUGAUUGAUUAGCCAUGGUCGGACAGGAUUGCGCUCAGCUGCCUCCAAGGGUCUGCUAAAUUUCAAUUCCCUAUCCAUCUGCAUCGUUAGUGGAUGGGAGUGUCUGCUAUGUACAGAUACGGUCUCUCAAUGGGCCUGUUUACAUGCACAUGCAUAGUUUAAGAAAGUUAGGACCCGCAUUCUGACUGUAAUAAGAUCAUAAUACACUCAGCCGAUGUAAGUACAAUAACAGAAAUAAAUGGAGAACUAUAAAUUUACUUGACAUCCCUUGGGGCAUGUAUACACCUUUGUCUUCAUUUCAUGAACUUAAGAUGCACACGGACCGGGCUCAGGUGGAGGUGAAAGGGAAGUGUGGCCUUAAGGUUUAAGACUAGAUGGUGAUAGCUGGAGUUUAGGGUGGUGUCCAAAAUCACUCAUUUGCUACUUUUUCCAGUCCACUGUAUUCAAGUGCUUAGGUGUGGGUUCUGAAGGUUGUGUGUGUGUGUGUGUAUGGGGGAGCGGGGGUAUUAUUGAGUCAGGGAUUGGACUUAAUUCUUAAUUCAUCUAAAACAAACAAAUACAACGUAAUCAAAUCUGUUAUCAUGUUCUGCUAUUGAGUCAAAACCAAAAAUGCUGUAACCCUACUUAAAAUUACAUGUUGUUUAAUUUGUCGUAUUCAAGGAGACUAUUUGUUUUAAAUAGGAAAUUACUGUUAUAUUAUAACCAAAAACAGAAGGGGUUGCAGGUCUGAGGACUGUCUGCAGAUUUUAGUCCCAGGUUGGGUAUAUCCUCAACAAACUCCAUCAAUCAAAGUAGCCCAGUUUUACCAGGAAUUCUGUCACAAAUGACUUCCAGUGCCAGUCUAGGAAGUAGCAUGCCCUACAUGUGGCAAAGUGAUUUUAGACUUUCAUGCUAGAGAGUGGAGUUUGUGUCCCAUCACAGAUCUACAAAUAAUGUCAGCUGUUUUAUUAACCAUAUUACAAUAGUAAUACAAAGAGUGUUUUAGCUACCUAACCCUGUACCUUAGUUUAUUUGCAAUAAACAUGACCUUCGCCUCACCUUAACCAUUUGCCAUGGGUAAAGGUUGUAGUAAUUAAAACUUUUGCGUUGGACAUAAAACAAAACAAAAAAACCCCUCAAAACCUUGUUAUCAAACAGAAGUUUGGCCUCAAUAUAGCUUUUCCUUUCUGGCGAAGGAGACGAUCAGAGUGUAGGGCACUUUUAUAAUUGGAAACGUCCAUGUAUGGAUGUCAUGAAGGCAGUUUUGGAGGGAUUACAUUUUCUGAAAAUGGUUUGCAGAGUCACAGCUUAGAUGAUUAUACGUAUCAUCUUCGUAACAAUGCAAACUGGUAUUAUGUCCACGUUUAAAAUGACCUGAAGAAAGAAAGCAAAUGAGAAAAAAAGGACUGACCAAGUAUGACCAAGUGACCAAGCAUAGAGUUUAGAGGCACUCCACAGUGUGUAGCUGUUGUGGCUGACCUAGAGUCAGCAAUAAGAGAGUGAUUUUGGACGCAGUCUAAGUGUUUAUAGAAAUUUGGACUUUUCAUUACAAGUGUUAGUAAAAUACAUGCACAUGUUUUGUAAAAACAACAAUUCAGAUAGUCAGACAUCAGUAAGGAUUCUAAAAAAAACUUCUGAACUCAUAAUUCAAUCAACAGGAUUAUUGUCAAGGACACAAUCAGACAAUUGCCUAACUCCCAGUUUGAGCAGUCGAUUCAAUAUUGUGUGCAUGUAAACAUGCACACAAUAUGCACACUGACGCUGACUAUUUAUAAACCAGAUCAGUGUAUCUACUGAUAACUUCAGGCCACGUUUAAUUAACACUAAACAGCUGUCUCCUUGUCUACAGUAAAUGUCAGGGAUCAGCCCUGCACCCAGUGUAGAUUUUGGUGGCAUAUAAGCCAGGCACACAUAUGCUGGCACAGGAAAAGCAAAUGUCAAUAUCAGCCAGUGUCAAAUGUCAGUAUUACUGUUAGGACUGUAUUUUUAAUCAAAGCAUCACCACCUCACGGAAAAGGUCAUCUGGUAAUCUUUCAUGCCCCAACAGGCUGAUUUUAAUUUAAAAAGUAUUUAUCUGAUUUCUACUGUUCCCUUCCCUCAGGGUUUGACUCUAAUAAUCAGAUGUUUGGAUUGUAGACAUGAAUCCAGUGCAAUUUCUGGGUGAGAUGGAGGGUAGAUGGAGAGGCAAAUGUGGUAACUUCUAUACUGAUUUUAAAUUCUAGAUUGGGUGAUAAAGCAGAUGACAACACAGUUAUGUUUUCUCUUAGCUGAAGUGUAAAGCCAACUUCCCCUGUGUGCUGAAUUACUUUCCAAACCCUGUAACCUCCAUUCGCUCUUCAAAACACAUUCUGCAAUAAAAGUGCAAAGUAAAAUAAGAAUUCUCCGGGUGACAUUUUAGAGAUACAAGCGGUGUCUCGUCUGUACUCUCCAUUGUUACAUAUUUACCGUGGAGCUGUCAAGCAGCCAUCACCCAAAGAUAGGAUCCACGCUGUCUCUCUCGCCACCUUAACAAACAUAGAACUGUGCAGAUGCCACAUAAAUCACGCAGCUGACAGAAGUCCAUUUAUUUUAUAUAUGAUGUUUACCACAGACAAACUCAUUUUCUCUGUUGUUGAUGAGGAAAAGUUGUUUUUGGCAGUUCUGCCGGUCACUACAAUAGCUGUGCUUCUAAGGUCAGCUUAUUCAAGUUUAGUAAAGCUUUAGGGUUCUGCCUGCAUAUUACAGUGUAAACACUAUAGUAUAUCAUAUACAGGGUAUCAAUAAAAUACUUACUGGGCAUCUAUACCAGGAUAAAUAUGCAGGUACGAGGGAAGAAGACUUGCUGUGGGUAACAAGCCAGGAAUAAUUGAUCAAAAGGAGUAACAUUACUGAUAUUAAAAUUUGUUACAGAUUGUUUUUUAUUUAUCGGAGAGGUAGGGGUGUGACUUGUUCACUUGUGUUCAUUUAUUUUUUUUAUCUUGACCCUCCUCGAAGCUACAAACAUUUUUUCCCCAAGUGACUGGGGGAUAAACAGCAGAGACUAGUAGGUAAACAUGGUGGAGCAUUUAGCAGCUAAAGAGACAGGUAUUUCCCUCAGGAGCUUGUGGAGAUCAUAACAAGAGCUAAAAGGAGAGGGAAUAUUGGACUAACAUUCAAGGAUAAAUAAGUAGGCAACUGUCCGCUAACAAGUUUGCCAUGUCAACUUUAAAGGUGAAAUGCUAAACAACUAACUACAGUAAUACAGUUUUAAAAUGUACUGGGACAUAGUUGCAUAGAACACAAUAGAUACCAAGAUCUAUGUGUGUAGCAUGAAUGGACUACAAACUUUAAUUUUGUUGUACAAAAUUAAAUAAUUAAAAAAAUUACCUUGUUAUUAAAAAGUGCUUACAGUAUUUUUGUUUCAAGGUAACAGCUAAACACAGAAUUUGUAACGCCCUCUUCCCCUUUGCUUAUUGGGACCCUGUAUGUACAAAAUAUUUACGCUGUAAUUUGCGGGCUGCAAUGUAAAGCGUUACUAAAGAAAACACUUGUAGGCAGGACAGGAUGUCAUGGAGAUUAAAGCGACUUAAUCUCACUUUAUAAGCCUUCAGGCUGACAUAAACCCCAUGCAAAUUCACUGUAUAUACUCUAGUAAGUAGUAUUGAACUGAUGGAUGUUUGGUCUUUUGAGGGGCAAAAUAAUCCUAAACUUCAAUGCUUUUAUGUGGAUUUUCUUUACAUAUAGUGACUGGAUGUCACAAUUUACCCAUCUUUUUAUUUAGCACCGGGUAAAAAUAGAAACAGCGCUCACUGUUAUGGCCAUUAUUCCAUUAGUCAUACCAGCUAUAUGGGUCAGAGGGUGCUUUCCAGCAUGUGACCCUGCUCUUCAGUGUUUUAUCAGUUUGAAAGAUGUCACAGCUUCACCGUGUUCAGUGGAGGGGCUCCAGUUAAUCAGUGUUUAGCUUCGUCGGGUCACCAGAUUUUCUUUCAGGUCAUGACGAAGCACUUUGUGUCACCUGACUCGGUGUGUUGUUACGCCAUGCGGGCAGAGUGAAACAGAAGUCCUGACACAAUGAGGAAAUGCUGUAAUGGAGAUGAUCACCACCAGUAUGACAUUUGAAAUGGACGCUACAAUGUUUAAUAUAUUGACCACAGCUUAGUGAGGAUGUUUUUGCUACCUAGAAAUGUCUGUGUGCUUUGGUGGUGUAGAGGAGCCUUAGGCACUAACACUGUAACAGACCUGGGUUAAAAAAAUACAAGAAUAAUUUAAAAUAUCCCGAUAUGUUGAUAAAAGGACAAAAUUAUUUAAUACUUUAAAAAUCCAAAACAACCUUGGCUUUUGUGUUUUGUGUAGAAUAUUUGUCAGCAGCAACUCUGAAACUGAUAUAAAAUAUUUAAUGUAGUGAAAAUGCUGUUGAUUUACAGUGGUAGUCUGGUAUUACAGCAACUCUAUUUUUUAAUUAGCCUGCCAAACACAUAAAUACUCUCUAAAGGAGAUAAAUCCCCAGACAGGUAGUUUCAUAUCAAAGACUCUGUUUUGUCAGGUAGUUAGCUACAUUGUGCAGCGGCUGUUAUUAAAAUAUCUUUUACGCAAGAUUCAAAGUGACAAUACUACAUUUUUGCAGAAAUCAAACAUGCCCUAAAUCACGAGCAGACGAGCAAAGUUGUCGCGUGUUUUGAGGCCUUUACUGGGAGUUCAAAUCAAUGUCAAGUCAGCUGCAAUCAUAAUUAUAAGUGUCUGAUUCUAAAUGACAAUGCAAAUAUGUUUGCACCAGUUUCACAAAUGACCUACAUGCUUUGAUUUUUAAUGAAGCACUUCAAUGUGGUUCUGGGUAAAUAAGAUUAUUGGUCUUAGGCCCCUCGUGUAAUUAAAACAGGGCCCAACAUGAUUGUGGCAACAUGCUACAAAAACACAGCUUCCCUUUAUAUACUUGUUAUACUUGUGAUUUGCGGACUGAGGGUGUCUGACUCCAGCUGGUUCCUUGUAUGAUUUAGCCCAGGUCUGUCCCGUAGUUAUUAGCAUUUAUUUGGUACAUUUACUGAUGAGAAGUAGAGGCUCACAAGCAGAGAUAGCUCUGUUUUAUGCAUCAUCUCCCAGUAGAUUCGAGAGAAACUCUGUCUAAUGAUGUGCAUAGGGAUUUAGGAGGUGUUUAUAUAUGUGUGUGUGAAUGAUAGAGGAAGAGUGUAAGUGUGUUUGACAGAAAGAGAGUGUGUGUGUGCGUGCAUGUGUGUUGGCAUGUUUUAGAUGCCAUUGUAGAGAUGUCAGUAAUAAGCAUUUAUCUCUUUGUACGUUGGCACAUUAAAGCACUGAACAGAA